GCUGAUAACGUGAGCGCAAGCGGACCCGCGACCGUUCCAAAAUCCGUGCCCCGGUCAAAAACCGCCCCCGCCGGCGAAAACCGGGCUUAAAACGCCGCCCCCGGGCGAAAGCGGAUUUCCAGAGGGAAGCGAAGACGCCGCCACCCCCCCCUCGACGGCACACACUCCGCUAAGAUGGUUGCCAUGGCCGAGAACCCGUCCGAGUCGUGACCGACGACCGACGUUUAACAAUUGGCAGAGCGAUUGACCGAAAGCCGCUUCGACGCACGCCGUGACUCGAUCCGCUGACGCAUUUCGACGCUGGGACCGUUUUCGCCUCCGAGCCAGCACAGAUUCGCCGCGUCUACCGCCCCGUUUCCUCCGAGUGGGCCAGGUAUGAGCAGGAGGGCUUUACGACGGGGCGCCCCUCGAAAAUGCUUCUUCACCCAGUGAACGCGUUCUUCGGCGAGUCUUCGAACCGGCCCCCGCACGCGGAACAACGCCGCCCGCUCAGAUAGCAGCUCUUUUCCGUCCCGUCCAACGGCAUGUCGAGAGAUUAGAUCAUCAGGGAUAAUAUAUAAAGCUAAAAUGGAAGAGCCACCUCAGGGGAUGGAUGUUGACUUGGAUGUAAAAACCGCAGAGUCCACUCCUCAAAAACGGACGAUUGUCCUGGGUGUAGUGAACACCUCUGGGAUGAAGAGUUCUAACGCCAGCAGGAAAAGACGGUGGGAUCAAGCGCCUGAUGAAAUUGACCCUUCUCCUGCAUCUAAAAUGGCGUGUGUUGCCGGUCUUGACGAAGAGACUUCUCAAGUGCCGACAGUGACUGUAAAUUCCGUGUGUGACAGUGACUCUAAUGAGAUUGUCACCGUUGGCAAAGAUACAGAAGUGAGUGAAGUGGAUGUGCACCAACCUGUAGUUACAAAUGAAGAAAAUAAUGACAAAAUAGACCCUAAAACAAAAUUCUCUCAAGGGACUGUUGAAAAGAGUUUCAUAUCGGACUCGCUGAAGAGGAUUCAGUUCAGCUAUGAUGAAGGGGACUCGAACAGUUCUGAUGGUUCAAAUGAAAACAGUUCACCUCAAGAUAAUAACGAUUUGGUACCAAUUAAUGAUUCAAAGACUGAACACGCUCCCAGCUUAAAACUAACCAUAACAGAGGGAAAAUUAAAUUUAGAUUUAAAAGGGCAAAAAAGUCCAGUUUCUACAGAUGUUGUGGACAAAGCUUUGGAUGUAGUUUUAGAUGAAGUGAUUUGUGAUAAUUUAGAAAAUAAGGUAGAUGAGAAAGGUGUAAAUAAUUCAAAAGCUUUAACAAAUGAUUCUGCCUUAAGGAGUGUUGCAGACACUGAAAUUAAUCAUGUCACAAAUGAUUCUGAUCAAGAGAGAUCGAAAGAAACUCUAAACUUGUCUAAACAAAAUGUAGAUAGUUCAGCUGAAAAUGCUGAAAAAUUAAAAGAAACGCCAAAAUUGGAUAAACAAAAUCUUGAUAAUUUGGCUGAAAACGUCGACAAAUCUGUAGUCACUCAAGGAGAGACAGAAACACAGAUUAACACAAACAGCAUCGAUCCAGCAGUAAUGGAAGUGAUUUUUGGUUCGAAAGACAAACAGAUAAUUAUGGAGAGCGAGGAUGUGUCUGAAAAUGAUGAUAAAAAAUCGGAAUAUAAGCCUAUGGAUGAAGAAUAUGAAAAUGAUUCCACAGAAAUUGUGACAAUCGAUCCCACAGAGCCCCUCUCUGAAGACCUGUCAGAGGAAGUAGCUAAACCUUCAGACACCCUGCCAUCCACCGAACAAAAUACUUUGGAAAAAAGUAUAGCUGACAAAGUAAACACAGAAGAAAAUUUAAUUGAAAAAACUGCUGAUGAAGAAAUGAAACAUGAUGAUUUGGCUACUACAAACAAUGAAAAAUCACUUUUAAACUCACCACCAACAGCCGUUUCUGAAAUAGAUACUUAUGCAGAAAGUAUAGAUCAAGAAUAUAUUGUAGAGGAUAAAUUAUCGGAGGAAACAAAGGAGAAAGAGGAAGAAAACUUAAAUGCAGAUUCUAAAGUGUCCAUGAUAGAAGUGAUUGAAGAAGAAAAAACAGUUGAUACAAACUAUGAAGUUGAGGAGACGGAACUGAAAGUUCAUGAAACUGAACUGUCAAAACAAGCCCUAGAAGAAGAAGAAAAACCUCAUCAAGAUGUGCAAGAAUUAACGAAAGAAGAAAUUGAAAACAACAAACAAGAAGAACCUAAGGUCAUUCGAGAAGAAAGUCCUUCAGGUUUAUUAAUAAAUGACAUGGAAGUUGAAGAAGUAUUUGAAUCCCCAGACGAAAAUGAAGAAAACAAAGAAAAAAUUGAAACAGUGAAAUCUACAGCUAUUUGUGUACAAGAAGAAAGUAAGAGUUAUGCACCUGUUCUUGAAGAAAAUGAGGAAGAACUACUAGAAGAAAAUUUAGAUGACAGCGCAGACGUCAUCAAAGCCGAAAUUACAGAAACUAAUGAGGAUAAUAUGAUUCACACAAAAGAUCCAGUUGUAGAAACAUCAGUGAUUACGGAAGAACAAGAAGAAGAAAACAUUGUCAAAGAAACUGAAGACGUUCAAGAGAAAGAGUAUGACAUACUUAAAAAGAAAGAUAAAAUUGAAAGUGAAAACUCUUUGACUGAACUUGAAGUAGAGAAAAUGAAAAAGCCUGAAGAAAUUGAAAAACAAGAAAUCAAAAAUAAAUCUAGCGAUGUUCAGUUGACUUUAGAGAAUACAAUUCUAGAGUCAGAACAGAUCAAACAAGAAAAUAUUCUAGAAGAGGAAAAGGAAGAAGGUGAUGUGCAAGGAAAAACAGUGCCAGAAGUACAAGAACAAGAAAUAUAUGAAGAAAAAGAAACACUUGUGCAAGAACAAGAACAAUUAAAAUCUGAAACUGAAAUAACGUUAAAAGAUGACAAUUUGAGUAGCGAAGAGAAAAAUUCAGAAGUUGAAAAAAUAACAAGUAAAGAAGAACUUGCUCAAGAACAAACUAUAACACCUGUUAACGAACAUUCUUCCAACUCUACCAAUAUUAAUGAAGCAAAAAGUGCCAGUCUUGAUAGAAGUAAUGUAAUCAAUGAACCUGCCUUGCUUAGUGUCGCACCUCUUGGAAUGAAUACAAAUUUAAAUACCAAAGAAAAUGAAGCACCACAACAGCCAGUUCAAAUUAAAACAGAAACCCUAGACAAAAUCGAGAAAAUGGAUGUAUCGGAGGUCUCAGAUGUUCAGAACACCGAUAAACGAAUGGAUGGAGAUGAAGUAAAAAUUGAAGCGCCUCCUUUCAGGGUCAAAACUGAUGAAGUUCCAAUGGAAGUCAGUGAUGAAGACGAACAUGGAAUGGAUAAGGAAUUCGUUCCACUGUUAAAAACAGUUUCAUCUCGAAAUUCUGCUCCCAGGGGUAGAAAAAUUUCAAUGCCGGAUAGGUCGGUUCAAAGACCAAUUGGUACGUUACCCCCUAUGACAAUAAAAAUAGAUGAUAUUGGUAAAUCUCCUCUUGUUGUCGAUUGCAAAAGCCCUCCUAUACAAAAAUUGUCAAGAUCUAGCAUCUCUCCUCAAACAAAGCAGUUGGAAUUUACGCUCAAGAUUGCCAAGGAUGCAAAUACAAACAUUCCAAAAGCUACAAUGUCGCCAAAAAGCGGUAUGACUACGUCGCCAAAUUCUGUUUGGAAAUUGGAAAACCAAUUGACAGAAUCGCCUAAGAUGGAAAGAAAAUUGGCCGAUAUUGCAGAAGCUAAAAAAGAACCUCCUUCAGAAAACAGGUUUCAAGAUUUGAUCAAGCAAAUGCUCGAGACUAAACCAGAACCUAUCUCAAUUCCUGAAGUUCCUCCAGUCAAGGUGCCUAAGAAGCGUGGGCGUCCAAGGAAAGUCAUCCCACCGCCUAGUGAAACCCCCCCUUCUGGAGAUCUCGCUGGUACAUUUUCAACACCCGAAGAUCCAGAUGAAAGCAACAGACCUAUGCGGUCUUGCAGGGAUCGAACAAAGCCGACUUUUGUUCGAACAAGAAAACCUAGAGGAGGGGGCAUGAUUCGUGGUGGUGGUCGCCGUGGAAGAGGAGGUGGGUUGAAAAAAAAUCUGCCAACAGAUAGAGAAAGUCUUUCCGAGCAUGAGAAGGCAGAAUUAGCUAAAAUCGAAGCUAGGAAGGAGAAGAUUAGGAUGGACCAGAUAGCAAAGUAUAAGGCGAAGAAGGAGAAGAAACUUGCCAAAAAGUUGAAGGAUGAAGAAAGGCGCAAAAGGAUUGCGAGGGAGAAAGCUGAAAAGGCCGAGGCUGCUGCUCCACAGGUUUUUGAGGAGGAGACUCGCAUGUCUGCUCCUGAAACUGGAGGAAGUCGAGGCCACACUCCGGCUCCACAUAGAAUGACUCUUGGAGGAGAACCAGGUGAUGAAUCUCAAAGCAGUCUGUUCAGCACACCAUUGAGUUCAGUGAAUAAGAAAGGAAGAAUGGAAAUUCCUAUUGACUAUGAACAUUUUAGCAAAGAAGUUACAGUUAACCAGCUAGCAGAGUACCAGUGGCAGGGAAGUGAGCUUUACAUGAUACAGGAGCAAGUAUCGCUCUAUUUAGGCGUAAAAUCGUUCAAAAGGAAAUACCCGGACAUGAAAAGAAGACCAGUCGAAGCCGAGGAAAGGACAUAUCUCGAAGAUUCUGGGUUAGUGCCCAAAUCGAUGUGUGACCUUGGUUUGACUGCAGUCAGUAGUGCAGAAGUCUUGGAUGUAAUGUUUCAAGAUUUCCCAGACAAAUACGAGGAGUUUAGAAAGUAUGUCAGGGAAAAACAGGCGAGAGAGGCAUCAUCAAAACAAAGAGCACUUGCAAUGGCGAGGAGAGAUGGCUCGAAAAUUGAACCGCGGGAGCAGGCUUUGGAAGCUGUGGCCAAUUGGAAUGCAAACCUGAACCGGGAGCGCAAUGAGGAGAGGAAGUGCGCCCUCGACCUUCAGACAUUCACAGUGCACUAUCCCCAGAAAGAGCGCGAAAACAUGACUAGGCCAGUCAAAAAAGUAGGCCUCUACCCACUUGCGGUCAUACCUGGGCAAUAUUGCGAUUAUUAUAAAGAGUAUACACCUACUGAAUUGAUGUAUUUCCCUCUAAAUACCGUACUCUAUGGUCCGUUGAAGCCAAAUGAGAAGCAGUCUGAGGACAAUUCAGAGACUGGCUCUGACAGCGAUGAUUCUUCUUCUUCAGAUGAUACCAGCGACAGUUCAAGUGAAAGUGAUAGUUCUGACGAAGAUGAAGAUAUCAAGUGUAAAUUAUGUAACGGGACUAAAAAAAACAACAAGAACUCACAAAGCGAGUCUUUAAUACAGUGUGCGAAUUGUAAAAAACAUGUACAUCCCACGUGUCUGGAUAUAACACCAGAGAUGCUUCCUCACAUUGAGAAGUAUCAAUGGGUUUGCCCGCAGUGCAAGAAGUGCGUGAGUUGCAAGGAAUCGGUGAAUCCUGAAAAACUGAUGUCAUGCGAUCUCUGCAACAGAGGGUAUCAUGUUUAUUGUGUUGGCUUGAGGAAAAUACCAGAAGGGCGAUGGCAUUGCACUAUAUGCUCCUACUGCACAUCUUGCAACACCAGGGAUCCUGGAGGGUCAGAUUGGCAGCACGAGUUUAAGAAGAGUGAAAAAGGAGCAAAGAUCUACCAGAGGACGCUCUGUACCCCUUGUUUCAAACUCUGGCGGAAGGGCAAAUAUUGCCAGAUUUGCUUCAAGUGUUAUGGAUGGAAGCCUGAAGAGGAUUCAGGCCUGCGCCAGUGCAACACUUGUGAAAGGUGGAUUCACAAAGAAUGUUUUAACAUAAGGUUCGGAGUGCAAAAUAAGACAAACACCGGAUUCCAAUGUGAUAUAUGCCAAGAAAGGAUUCAAUCAUCUCUUAGCAGCCAUGGCAUCCCGAGGCCACUCAUUAAAGUUUAAUCUUGUAAAAAAAAUCAAGUAGGCACGUCUUUUUAGAAGUGUGCAAUUUUGAAAGUCGAUGAGUCAGCGUGUAUAUUGUUGUGUGUGGCACAUGCACACUUAGGAAAUUAUAUGUAUAUUUAUGGUGGAAAUUACUGACCACAAAGAUUUUUUUUUUCUUUCUGUCUGUCUCUCUCUCUAU